AUGAUCCUUCAGUCUCGCGUAAAGCAAACUCAAGCGCUCUCUGCGCAUUUGUCCGGAUCAGAAGAAGAAGUCCAUGCUUUGACAAGCGAGAACGAGUCUCUUCAGAAAGAACUCGAUGGAUGUCGUCGUGAGCUCCGAAUGUUCCGGAAGGAGCUGGAUGGAUUAGUGGACCAAAUGGCAGAGAUGGGCACUGAGGUUAUGGAUGCCAAGAACAAAGUCUCUGUUUACUCAAAGAGAUUGAAUGAGGUUGAGCAGGAGCUGAAUUCAACUCAGGAGCUGAACGUCGAUCUGCAAGAGCAACUUCGAAUUGCGAUGGAGCGCCAGAAACAGGCUCAAUCGAGCACUGCACAGGUAGUCAAAAAUAUGCAGUCAGAGCUUGGCAAGGUCCUCUCAGACAGUGGUACGAUCCGUUCAACAUUAGAAGAAUUGGAAAAUCGUCAAGAAAAAUGUGAGGGAAAAGUUGUCGAGAUGAUCUCCAAUACAAAGGAGUAUGCACAGUUGCUAGAAGAGGCACAGACAACCAUUCAAACGUUGCGC